UAGCUGACCGGCUCUCAACCCUCCAAUCACCUGAGUUUCCAAGCCUCCACCCCCAGCCCUAAAGGUUCCCACACCAUCUGCAGCUAGCUUUUUAAGCAAGUCUUUUAAUAAAAUCACUUUAACUGAUUACUCAUCCAUUUAUGACAGCAGGAGUUUGGGACUAAGAGGAGCAGAAAUUUGCCCAGCAGAAGUUUCUCUGAAUCAGAGCUCUACAUCCACCAUGUUGCCCUGUGGACCAGCUCUGUCCUUUAUUCGGUGUCUGGUGAGGAAGAAGAACAUCGGUGGUGAAAGUCUUGAGGACACCAAGUUGUGCCGAUGCCUAUCGACAGUGGACCUUAUAGCCCUGGGAGUGGGAAGUACCCUUGGUGCUGGUGUUUAUGUCCUUGCUGGAGAAGUAGCCAAGUCCGAUUCUGGACCCAGCAUUGUUGUUUCUUUCCUCAUUGCUGCCCUUGCAUCUGUGAUGGCAGGUCUCUGCUACGCCGAGUUUGGUGCUCGUGUUCCCAAGACUGGUUCUGCAUAUUUGUACACUUACGUUACAGUAGGUGAACUGUGGGCUUUUAUCACUGGCUGGAAUCUUAUUUUAUCCUAUAUUAUAGGUACAUCAAGUGUAGCAAGAGCCUGGAGUGGCACCUUUGAUGAACUUCUUGGAAAACGGAUUGGUCAUUUUUUCAGUGCCUACUUCAGUAUGAAUUUCUCUGGGCUAGCAGAGUAUCCCGACUUCUUUGCUGUAUUCCUUAUAUUACUUUUAUCGGGUCUUUUAUCUUUUGGAGUAAAAGAGUCUGCAUGGGUGAAUAAAAUUUUCACUGCUAUUAACAUCUUGGUCCUAUUCUUCGUUAUGAUUUCUGGUUUUGUGAAAGGUGAAGUUGACAACUGGAAGAUAAGUGAAGAAUAUCUCAGAAACUUUACUGCAGUAACAGAGAACCGCUCAUCCUAUGAAAAUGUGACAAGUAUGUAUGGCAGCGGUGGCUUUAUGCCAUAUGGUUUCACAGGAACCUUGGCUGGUGCUGCAACCUGUUUUUAUGCUUUUGUUGGAUUUGACUGCAUUGCAACAACUGGAGAAGAGGUCAAGAAUCCUCAGAAAGCCAUACCCAUAGGAAUUGUGAUGUCACUACUUGUCUGCUUCAUGGCCUAUUGUGGGGUUUCAGCUGCACUGACACUUAUGAUGCCAUACUAUCUGCUAGAUGAGAAAAGUCCUCUGCCAGUAGCAUUUCAAUAUGUUGGAUGGGGUCCUGCUAAAUACCUUGUAGCAGUGGGGUCCCUCUGUGCUUUGUCUACAAGUCUUCUCGGCUCUAUGUUCCCUUUGCCCCGAAUUCUGUUUGCCAUGGCACGUGAUGGUUUACUCUUUAGUUUUCUUGCCAAAGUGAAUAAGAGGCAGGCACCAGUUUCUGCCACCUUGACAGCAGGGGUCAUCUCUGCUGUAAUGGCAUUUCUGUUUGACCUAAAGGCUUUAGUGGACAUGAUGUCUAUUGGCACACUUCUUGCUUAUUCACUUGUGGCAACCUGUGUCCUCAUCCUCAGGUACCAACCCACCUAUGAGGAACCAAAAUACUCUCCAGAAAAAGCAUGUUUGGCUGCAGCUGAAAGGGAAUGUGCAGUAAGUGAGUCCCAGAUAAACAUGAUAGAAGAGAAUCGCUUCCGUCUUCAGGCCUUGAUUAGUCCAUCCAGUUUACCAACUGAGCAGACUGCAAAUAUAGUUAACUUUUUAGUGGGUCUCUUAGCUUGCUUGAUUUGUGGCUUGAGUGUCCUCAUUACAUAUGGAAUUCAUUUCAUUGCUAACUUGGAACCCUGGAGUAUUGGCCUUCUUGCUUUGCUGGUGAUAUCCUUCAUAGUUACCAUUCUCCUCAUCCAAAGGCAGCCUCAGAACCAGCAGAAAGUAGCCUUUAUGGUUCCACUGUUGCCAUUUUUGCCAUCAUUCAGUAUACUGGUAAAUAUUUACUUGAUGGUACAAUUAAGCGGAGAGACUUGGAUGAGAUUUAGCUUCUGGAUGUUACUUGGCUUCCUCAUUUACUUUGCUUACGGCAUGAGACACAGUGUUGAAGGCCAUCGUGGCAAAGGAGAUGAUGAUUCUUGUUCAGAAAAUAGUGGGAUGCAAGAAAAGAAUCCAGUGGAUGACCCUGAAAAUGCAAAUGAAAGGGAUCAAUUUCUUCCACAUGAAAGGACAAGUGAAUGUUAAAUUCUGCAAACAGACAAAUCUUUUAAAACUUCAAUUGGCAUUUUACUUGCAGACUGAAAUUUCAGCAGCUUUCUGCCUAUAUGUGCCUCUUGAAAGUUUACUUCAAGGACUACAAGGACUAACUGACAUUUUGGACAAGCUGCUAAUCCAUCUUCACCAUUUCAGGACUGACAGCAGGGAGAUUAAUAUAUUUUUUUUUUAAAAAAAGUACCCUUUGGCAAGCAAAAAUUUGGAGACAUUGAAGUGUUGUCCAAAAUCACUGGCAAUCAUCAGAUAUGAAGAAUUUUAAAACUGUCUGCAAGAAGUUCUGAGUAUUUGACAAUGCACUGUGAACAUAAGUGUCUUUCAUACCUUCUCCUUAUCUUUGUUAUGUGUUUUGGUAACAAUCUAAAUUCUCUUCUUUCUGUUGAAGUAACUCAUGGAAGACAAAGUUCAUUCAUAUAGCCCUGUGUGAAUGAAAAUGUAUUUGCAAAAUGAAUGGUAAUUGUAUGGAUACUUUAUAAAAAUUAGAGAAGCAUUUAUUUAUGUAAAAAGUAGUAAUUGCUUAUCUUUACUAAUCAUGACUAUUAAUCUGCAGUCAUGGAGAACUCAAGCAGUGAAGACACUUCAAAGGUUUUUAAUACCUCCAAACAGCAUUCAAGACUUCUACUUAAGUGCAUGCCUUUUCUUUGAAGGAUGCUGUGCGUAUAGAAUAAUAUUCACAAGAGAAGCUCUUUUGUUUUCUGCAAAAUCAUCUGGGAAAUAAUCUGUUGGUUACAGUAUUGACAGUGGCAAUCAGAUGUGAUUUAGCAAAUUUUGUGCUUUUUGACCUCGGAAGGGCCAGAAUUUCAUAUGACUAAGUAAUUUGGUACUUACCUAGGGCAGUCAUCUGAUUUUCCUUCUUACUACUCAUUUUUCCCCCUAUAUUUUCUCCUUUAUGUUCCAGAACUGAUAUUGCUGAGAUUAGCGUUACACAUUUCUUCUCCUAAGAAAAAUUAAUGCACAAAAUCCCAGCUUUCUUUUCAGAUGGUGGGGAGGUUAAAAAAAACAGAGGUCUGGGCUUUGGAAAAAAGUCUUGUCAAAAGAAUGUUUCAGUGCUUCAUUAAGUCUUAAAUGUAUGUUAGUGUAGCACUUUUUUGUCAGCCAAGCCUACAUCCACAAAUCCAUUCAUAUGGGUAAGAUGUCUAAAUGCUAAUUUAUGUAAAGAACCAAACUGGUGUGGUGGUGCCGGGUAAACAAUUGUUAAUACUGGUAAAAACAGAAAAUGUUCUUCUUUCAACAUAAAUCAUUAUUAUCUGUCAAAGGCACAGAGAUACUUUCACACUUUUUCUUAGCAAGGAGUAGGUUCAAGUCCCACAAUAUGAAAUCAUUUUGCAAGAAUAUAUUUACAAAAAAUCCUUCCCUAGAGUAAGAACUGUCUUUGACUUUGUCAUGGAGAGUUGCAAUCUGAGGCUGGUACAAACCAUUGGUAUUAAUCUCUAUUGUUAGGCAUAAGAACUUUAGGUGCCACAAGAGCUAUGUUGGUUAGCACCUUACUUAUAAUAAUUGCUGGACUUUUAUGGGGGGGAAAAAAAAAAAAACACCAAAAAACAAACAAACAACCAGAAACUAGUUUGGCUGCUUCUGUCUCCCUCCUUUUUCAAAGCAGUAAGUCACUCUUUUUAAUCUUAAAAUGGCUUCUUUCUCAGUAGUUUGAAAUCCUCAGCUUCAAAAACACCAUUGCUGUGGGAGCAAGUCAGCUGUGACUAUGUGAAACUUCUGCAUGAUGUCUUUAUAGAGAAACACAACUCUUAAAAUUCCUUCCACAUCUCAGCAUAUGGGAAGUGCAGACUUACUUUUUGCUACAGUUGUUGAUGCCACAGAGCAGGCCAGCCAGGCUCCCAAGACACAAACUCCUGUCAUGUGCAAGGAAGACUCCAUUCCCUCCCAAGGCCAUCACAGAGAAUGUAUGUGUGCACACCUAUCUAUGCAUUUGCACCUGUAGGAAAUUAGCCCACAGUGAAUUUGAUGUACUGGUUAAAAUUCUAUAUUGCACUGGACAUUUCCUUUGAAGUGAUACUGCCAAUAUAAUUAGCUUCUGACUAAAGCAAGUGCUCUAGCUAAGGCCUCUGAUGAGAACUAAAGGAAGUAGAUAUUUUAGCUUAUUUACCUGAUGGAUGUGUCAGCACUUUGUGUAUUGACAGAUUCCCCUUUCAUAUGUAUAUUUCUCCGCCCUUGUUAGCAAAAUUAAUUAUUUUAAAAAAAUAGGAUGUGCCUGUACAAGUGUUGCUAAGACAGAUGGGAGAAGCUGCAGCACCAGAACUAUCCACUAAGAAGAUGUAAAAUGAAAUUAAAAGAAAGUAAUUGGGUAGUCUUAGUUGCUUCAACUGCACAAAGCUUAUUUAUAUGUGUGCACAAUCUUUAUUAGUCAGUGUCUUGAGUAAAAACAGACAAGCCAGCAGUAAGAUAUUUAUGGUAAAUUUGAUGUACAUUUCUAUAUGCAGUCUUAAAAUUCCAGAUGCUUCAGCAGGAGUCUGCAGAAGCAAGGACAUGUCAUGCUCGUCCUUACACAGGAGUGAUAGAUGAAAGAAAUCCUGAUUUUGUUCUCACAUUUGCUCUAUCUCUGUACUUGCUGGAAGAUCAGCUGAAAGCACAAGUCCAUUGGAAUUAAACCAUUGUUAUUUUUUAACACAGUUCUUGAUACUGUACAUUGUUCUGUGCAAAUAAUAAUGGUAUUCAUUAAUACAAAAUAUCUACUUUUGAAGGUAGCUUAUUGGGUUUUUAUUUCCUUUGUAGAAAAAAAAUCUCAUAAACUUAAUUUAUGUUUCUGAAUAAUUAAUGUUAACUGAUAUGAUAUUCCUGUGGUAUUCUACUCCGAAUUCUGCAGCAGGAAGUUUUGUGAGGUAACUUAGAUUUCAUUGUCUGUUAUCAUGGAUAAAACUGUUCUGUUAGUAGCAGUAUGCUUUUUCCUGCACAACAAAUGCUGGUCAGAUUCCUGAAAUCUGUCAUAUUGUGCUUAUGUUGCCAAGUGUUAAAGCCAUUUAUAUGACUUACUGUUAGAGAACUAGCAGCAAUGAAUGUCAAUAGUAGUGAUACAGUGUUACUCAUGUACUUAAGUAGGUCUUGACCUGUGUCAUCCAGAAACUUCAAAUGAUAAAAUGAAUUUAGAGGCAAAACUUAGUAAAGCUUAAAUAUAUAUUCUGUAUUUUAUUACAUGGUACAUGUACAAGUCUAUUCACUUUUCUCCUAAAAUUUAUGCAAAAUACCCCCAAAUUCUAUAUUUAAGAAGUAUAAGGUAUAGUGUUUUCAUAGAACUUUUAAAAAGUGGCAAUAUCAAUGUGCCCUAAGCAUCCAGAGGCGGUAACAGUGCAGGAAACCUGUGUGAGACGGUGCAAUUGGGUAUGAGGCCUUUGACACUGAGGCACAUUCUUUUACAGUAGAAAUUUAAUUCACAAGAAGGCUGGCAAGCCUUACUUGAGUGCAUAAAAAGGAAAAUGAAAGCACCUUUCUAAUGCUGUUGGGUGCUAAUUCUUCCUGGACUUGCUGGGAAGUCUGUAUGAAUUGCAGUAUGUUCACUGAAGGCACUGAGGUUACUCAGUGUUAAGUAAAUAUAAAUUUUACAGAAAGAGGGGGUGGUAUUUCAUAUAGUACAGGAUCUUUGUGUUUGUUUUUAAUUUCCUGUACCUUUAGUAUUUCUUUCUGGCAUACAUUUUGAGGACCUCUGCACUUUUAAUACUUGGACCUUUUCAAAGCUAAAUAUAAUGCCUUUACCAGGUGCUGAUCUAUUUUCCAUUUGAUCUUAGAAAACAUACUCCUUAACAUGAGCUGAGGUGAAUGAUUUCUGUUCAUAGACAUGCAGACAUGCAUUAUAAAGAACUGUAUGUGUGUAUAUACAUUUUUUUUUUAUUGUCACUUAGACAAAUUCUGUUGUUUUUGUACAAUUUCAUGAGCCUUGUGCGAGGUCAACUCCAGCUUCACUAAGUUUAGUCGGAGUCAUAAUAUGAGGAUUUGAAUAUUUAGGAGAGCUUUUUUCUUUUGUGGUACCAGAAAGUAAAGCAUGAAAUAUGUGUUCCAUAUCUUUAAAAACAAUAAUGUGUGCAUCAUUUUAGAAAACAUUAACACGCAUAUCCAUCUUUUCUUUUUGUCUGUAUGUACAUUUUAGUGAUUAUUUGUGUAUUGUAUGCUGCUGAGCAUUCAAAGUGUAGACAGGAUGAUUGUGAUGCAAUUUAAACUACAAAUUUGUAUUUCUUUGAAGUGCUCUACCAAAAUGAAAAGUCUUGAAUUUUAUGAAUGUAAAAAUGCUUGUAUUUAGGAAUAUGGUGCUUUUUCCCCCACUUUACAACAGAAUUGUUAUCAGUGACAUUUUUAGUUACCUUAGUUCCAAAUUUUAAUGGAAAUUACAUUGUUCCUCAUUUACUGUAAAAUGUGCUUUGUGGGUUAACAAUAGUGCAUUUGUUCCGUAUUUUUUAAAUAAAGUUGAAUAUCACUUGUA